AAACAAGACUGGUUUUAAGACCUUUCACCCAUGUAGUGCUUCAGGUAUCCAGCUGGAAAAUUAGGCUGUGGGGUAACACUUGGUUUGUUGUCAAUUCUAAGAAUUAUAAUUGAUGACAUCACACGCAGACGUCAGGAUAGAGGUAGGGCCUGCUCUGGAACGUUUGGUUAGAGUUUGCUGAUUGUUAACACAAAACGAAUACUAAUGGUGACAGGUCAGUGUUGAGCAAUGAGCAGCAAACAGGAAGCCAAACGCCACACACCAGCAGCUAGAAGGAGAUUCAUCAGUUUGACGGCACAAGAGAACCAGGGAGGACCCUCACGUCGAGAUGAAGACCCUUCACAUGAUCACUCUCUUUCUGAUAGCAGCUGGGGCAGAGGGCAUCAAUGUAACAGGCUACCUCGGGGGAGCCGUCCGGAUCAAAUGUGCGUACCCAAACGCCAGCCUUAGCAGUGAAAAGUACCUCUGCAAACGCCAGGGUUCCGGCUGUGUGGAUCUGAUAAGAAUUCGCGAUCAGAGUGCAGAGAAGGGCAGGUUCUUCUUCUCCAACAACGACACAGGAUAUUUGGCCGUUAGCCUGGCCAAGCUUACCACACAGGACACUGGGCAGUACCUGUGUGCUGUGGGUGACAUACAAACCCAGAUCACCCUAGAGGUGAAGGAAGACUCUUGCUGUGGGAAAGGUCUUAAGAUGAUGGUGCCUGCAGGUCAAGACAUCAACAUCACCAGCCCGUACCUCGAUGCCCACAUACCAAGUGUCAAGUUCUUCUGCAAGAGUUUUGGUAUGCAUGACUGUCGCUACAAGAGGGAUGUUCAAAAAGAUCACGUGUGGGAGAACGGAACACCGCUUCUCUCUCUAGUCGAUGACCGAAAGGCGAGGGUCCUCAUCACGACCAUGAGGAACUUCAACAAGUUUCACGCUGCCUCCUAUUGGUGUGGUGUAGAAAUGAACUGGGACACAAAUGGAUACUUGGCUCUCUUUAAUCACGUUCAGCUCACACUGAAAGAUUGGACCACUACAACACUGCCGACACCAUCACCAACCCCGUCAACGUCUUCUUCAUCUGACAUAAACGAGUGUGACACAGACCCAGGCAUCUGCGGCUCAGAGUCGGAGGGCAACUGCAUAAACACACAGGGAAGUUACACCUGUGCAUGUCAUCCUGGUCACAGCAACUAUGGCAACAGACAGGGCAGGUGCACAAAUCUUGUCAGAGGCAUUACAGAGCAAUGCAAGGAGUCAGACGUGGGGUGCAAACUGGAAUUUCUGAAAAAACUGGAGCAGAAUUCAUCUGUGUCGACCAGUCUGCCGCUGACGGUGGUGUCCGGUCUCCUAGAUGCUUUACUGAAGACCCCACCAGACAGUCUGGUCUCGAGGGGAGAGGGUGUGCUCCAGGCCACUGAACAGCUGGUGUCCAGACUGGUGAAGCCCACUCACACUCAGUCCAGCAGAAACUUCAGUACCAACACCACAGAGGUGGAGAUCCUGAGCAUUGGGCCAAACACCACCCUGACUAGUGUCCCUCAGCUGGUAAUCUCCAACGUCCGUCUGGACAUCGACCUCCUGGGAAUCGCUCGGAAAAACCACGGUACGCCAGCGACUCACCACCUACACACUAUUCCACUGCUGUCUUUCUAAUAUAGCAUUCAGGAUCCUCUAAAUUCUGACACUGAGAUGAAUGAUAUCAAAAUGAGUGUCCGCUGGGUUGCCUGAUUAAAAGUAAAGCUAUUUUUUCCGUUUA